AAAUGUUAUUAUUGGCGAAACCCGACAGUGCGUAAAGUCCAAGGAGUCGCUGCGACAUUCCUACGGUUCGGAAGGGGCACGAUUGCAUUUACACAAGACUUAAUUUAGUGAAAGCCUGUUCACAUAUAAGCUUUACAUAAUGGGUCCUUUAACAACAAGUGUCAGAUACACUUUCCAUUCUCUUUGCACAACUGCAGUAAGGGCAAUGUCUACCAAUGUAAUGUUAAAUCCAAAAGAUGAUGUAAAAGAAAUAGUACUUAAAUAUUUGGAUGGGAAAGAUAAUGGUAUUGUAGUAUUAGGAUUAAACCGACCCAAUGUUUGUAAUGCACUUGGUAAAACUUUAGCUAGUCAGCUAAAUGAUGCUAUCACUUCCAUCAGAGAAGAUACAAAAUUGCGAGUAUUAAUUAUUCGUAGUUUGGUUCCAAAAAUUUUCUGUGCUGGUGCAGAUUUAAGAGAAAGAGCAAGGAUGGAUAAUUCAGAAAUUUCAACAUUUGUUUCAUUUUUAAGAAAUUUGACAAAUAAUAUAGAAACAUUGCCAACUCCAGUAAUAUCUGCUAUAGAUGGUUCUGCAUUGGGUGGUGGAUUAGAACUUGCUCUAGCUACAGAUAUUAGAGUUGCAGCAUCAGAAGCUAAAAUGGGUCUUGUAGAAACAAAAUGGGCUAUUAUUCCUGGGGCAGGUGGCACACAACGAUUACCAAGAAUAAUUGGGACUUCUAAAGCAAAGGAACUCAUUUACACUGCACGUUUAAUUAAUGGUGACCAAGCUAUGGAGAUUGGUUUAGUAAACCAAGUAGUUCCACAAAAUAAAAGUGGUGAUGCUGCUUAUCAAGCUGCUUUAACAAUUGCCAGAGAAAUUUUACCUAAUGGGCCAAUUGGUAUAAAAAUGGCAAAAACAGCAAUAUCAAAAGGCCUUCAACUACCUAUUACAGAUGGACUUGAAAUUGAAAAACAAUGUUACAGCAAAGUUGUGGAUACAAAAGAUAGAAUUGAAGGACUUGCAGCAUUUGCAACAAAACGUAUUCCUAUUUAUCAAGGAAUAUAAAUAUAGAAAAAUGAAAUAUGAUGUAUUUUACAAGUUUGUUACGCUUAAUUAUUGACAUAUCAAGAAAGUUUUCAAAGAGACUAAAUGCAAAA